AUGCAGCUUCCCGCGCCUCUGCUUGCGCUCCUUCUUGUUGCGUCAUCCUCUCCCACCGCCGCCGAAAGCCUUCCCUCGCUCAACGCAUCGCUGCUAUGGGGCCCAUAUCGACCCAACUUAUACCUGGGAAUCCGCGCCAGGGUACCAGACAGUCUCAUUGCGGGGCUGAUGUGGGGAGAAGUGAAUGAUAUAGAAAAGAAAUUACGACACGCGGUCAACCAGAGCGAUGGAAUAACUACGUAUGAUUGGAGAGCAUACGAUGCGCGAGCAGGCGGCAUACAGACGAUUGAGGAUCCUGGCAACAACAUAGACAUCACCACCGAGUUCAUAAAGAAGUAUGAAGGACAGAGUGCUGGGAACUGGGGUCUCAGGAUCAAGGGGACCCCAAGAAAAGAUGGCCUAAGAACUUCGGUCAUAUUCUACAUGGGUAUGGAGGGGAUGAAGAGUUGCACCAGCUGUGUACUCGAGGCGCGAGAACAGAUGGGAAUUGGGGAUGAUCCUUCUGUUCAUGCUGUGAAUAUGGAGCUUAAACACCCCAAACUUGGGACUGCGGGAAUUCAUAUUCCGGCGUCGGUAGGGAACAGCGGACGGCAAGGUAUGGUCGUGAAGACACUGAAUGUAGCCGAGGACAAGCUCUGGCAAGCAAAUUUCGUUUUCUUGGAUACGUUAAAACAACAGACGGUCAACCGAAAAGGAACUGGAUCUAUCGAUCUGGUGCUGCACAACGAGCCUGGCGCUGGCAACAUGCAUUUUGUGCAAAUGAUUUGUGAUGGCAACUUCGAGUUUGACGUGUUGUACUCCAGUCGCGCAGCAACACGCUCCAUGACACCCAAUGAACUUACAAGAGAACUCCGAAGUACCGUAGAGUCCUUCAAGAAAUCAUUAUCCCUUGUGUUCGGUCCAAAAGCGCCCUUCAACACUGAUCAGCAUCGCACAUUUUCCGAGACAGUCCUCUCCAACUUAUUCGGCAGCCUUGCAUAUCUCCAUGGCACGGCUCAAGUCGAUACAUCAAAGAAGGCAAUACACGCAGAAACCACGGGCAAGUUCUGGGACAAGUCAAACGAAGCUAAGAAACAUGCAACGCCCGAAACCCGUGGACCGCAUGAGUUGCUCACGCACACAUCUUCGCGUGCAGUCUCUCCCCGAGGGUCCCUUUGGGAUGAAGGCCUCCACCUCCUCACAGUACUAGACUGGGACGCGGACCUGGCCAUCGAAGUAGUCCGCAGCUGGCUCGCCCUCAUAGACGAAGACGGUUGGAUCGCGCGGGAGCAAAUCUUUAGCAACUCAGUCAGGAGCGGAACGCGCGAUGAAUCCACCACGCAAUACCCGCACAUCGCUACCCCGCCAACCAUGUUCCUCGUCCUGUCAAAAUACAUCGACAUGGUGGAGGGCGAAAUGCAGUACAACGGCCACGCAUCCACAUACGUAACCCAGCGCAACGUCUCAACCACCUUCAUCGCGCAGGCCUACCCCCUGCUGAAGAAACACUACGCCUGGUUCCGCAAAUCGCAGGCCGGCGACGUCGAAGCCCAUUCCGUCCCCGCUGCAAACCUCAACGAGGGCUACAGAUGGCGCGGCCGCACACCAGACACAAAUCUCGCCAGCGGCAUGUACGACUACCCGCGCGCCGAGCCCCCGGAUGUCAGCGAACUGCACGUCGACGCGCUAUGCUGGGUAGGCGUCAUGUCACGUACGCUCGAAAAGAUGGCCCACCUGACAUCCAACCCCUCGGACGCGCUGGCCUACCAAGCCCACACACGCGGCAUCCAGACAAACCUUGAAGUCCUGCACUGGAGUAGUAGCGAAACCACAUACUGCGACGCCCUCGUCCGUGACGAAACACACUCCCUAGUCUGCCAUAAGGGAUACCUCUCCCUCCUCCCCCUAAUAACCGGCCUCCUCUCCCCCACACACCCACACCUCCCCGCAGUCCUCGAUCUAAUAACGCACCUCUGGACCCCCCACGGACUGCGCAGUCUCAGCCCCUACAGCGCAAAAUACGGCCCAGGCACAGGCAACUGGCGCUCCCCCAUCCACAUCACAACGCACUACCUCCUCCUCACCCGCCUCCACAGCCUCGCUACUACCCCAGGUCCCUCACAAGCUCGCUGCAGAGAUAUAUACACCGCGCUCCGCCGUAAUAUAGUCCGCACUGCUUUCACCGCCUGGCAGGAAACAGGCAGUACGUGGGAAAUGUACGAUCCUGUCACGGGCAAGGGAGUGGGCGCACGGUGUGUUUCGGGCGCGGUGGGGAGUGUUAUGGGGAUGCCGGAUCUUGCGCCGGGGGGUAUGGGGGAGGGUGUGAAGAGCGUUUAUAAGGGGGUGGGCGGGGAGUGGGGAGGUGUGGUGGUUUUUGGGGGGUGCGUGGUGUUUGGGUGGGUGAAUCGGAGGAGGUUUGCGGGGACGUGGAGGGGGGUGCGGAGGAGGGGGAGGCGUAGGGGGAGGGGGGAGGCGUAG